UCAGUCCACAAUGGCGUCUGCUGAGCUGAGAGACGAGCUGAACUGCUCCAUCUGCCUGAACAUCUACACAGAUCCCGUCACCCUGAGGUGCGGACACAACUUCUGCCGGGGGUGCAUCGAUCUGGCGUUGAAUUCACAGAGGAGGUCAAGAGUUUAUAACUGCCCUGACUGCAGGCAAGUGUUCAAUCAGCGACCAUCACUGUGCACGAACGUUACUCUGAGAAGUAUAGUGAAGCAUUUCCAGCCUCCACCAGGACAAAGAGGAAAGGCCGGGGUCAUCUGCACCUACUGUCUACACUGCCCGGUACCUGCUGUGAAGUCUUGUGUGUUGUGUGAAGCUUCUCUAUGUGGAAGGCACCUGAAAGCCCACAACAAAUCGCCGGAACACGUCUUGAUUGAGCCCACCACUUCCUUGGAGAACAGAAAAUGCUCUACUCACAAGAAGAUCCUGGAGUAUUACUGCCCCAAAGAUCAGGUGUGCAUCUGUGUCUACUGUCGGGUUGAUGGAGACCACAAUGGCCACCAAGUUCAGUCUCUGGAUGAAGCCUCUAAAGAGAAGAAGAAGAAACUGACAAAGGUUCUGGAGACACUGACCUCGAAGAAGAAGGAGGCUGAGACAAAAAUCCAGAAUCUACAAGAACGCCUGAAAAAAGAAAAGGGCAAGGCAGCUAAGAUAAAAGGUAAAGUCAACGCUCUGUUCACAGACCUUAGAAAACAAUUGGAGGACGUGGAGAGAAGGGUCCUCAGUGAGAUCUCUGGGCAGGAAAAGCAGGUAUCAGUCUUCAUCUUGGACCAGAUCCAACAGCUGGACAUAAAGAAGAACCAUCUGUCCAAUAAAAUGUGUGAAAUUGAGGAGCGGUGUAAGAUGACUGAUCCCAUAACUGUCUUACUAGACCCGAAAUGUGAAAACAAUUGGGUUCAAGAGGACCACAAUGAUCAGAAGGUUGAAGGUACAGUUGACCUAGAUGAGGACCUGAUCAAAAAGACCAUACAUGAACAAGUAUCUAAUGUGAUAGCCCAUAUCAACCCCUGGCUGUUUUUGCUGGACCCUGUGGACCUCUCGUUGGAUGUAUAUACAGCUGCUAAUAAUCUACGUAUAUCAGAAGACUUGAAGACUGCAUCGUUGACUUAUGUAGAAGAAGAACGGCCCCCUUGCCCAGAUUGGUGUCCGAGAAAUGAGAUUUUAAGCACCCAGUGCUUUUCAUCCAGGCGACAUUAUUGGGAAGUUGACAUCAGUAAACUUGGAAACUGGAGAUUGGGUGUGACCUACCCCUAUCGAAAUGGUGCCCAUGGGGCCUCCUGGACUUUGCGGAGGAAUUAUAACCAGUGUUUAGCCGUUCAUAAGAGUAGCAUUGUCCGUUUGUCCUAUAAUUUAUGUUGUCAGAGGUUCGGGGUGUAUCUGGAUUACGAGGCCGGGCAGCUGUCCUUUUACCUUCUGGGUGACCCCAUUAGACAUCUGCACACCUUCACUGCCACCUUUACUGAGCCAGUCCAUGCUUUAUUCUGGAUAAAUAAUGAAGACUGCGCUGCUUGGGUCAAAAUCAAAAGCUGA